AUGUAUGCAUUAUAUAAUAAAAUUCAACGAAAAUUGAAUCAUUUUCAACAAUUUUCAUUUGAAACAAAACCCAAAUAUAAAACGAAGUUAGAAUUAAUUCGUUUAAGUGCCGUUGUUUGUGGAAUUGAAUUUUGUUAUGCUGCUGAAACGGCAUUUGUGAGUCCUAUAUUACUUACAAUUGGUAUGCCUGUCAUGUUUAUGACAUUUUCAUGGUGUUUAUCCCCAUUAAUUGGCUUUUUUCUUGUACCUGCUCUUGGUAGCUUAAGCGACAAAUGUAAGACAUCCAUCGGGAGAAGACGUCCAUUUAUAUUAUUAUAUUCAAUUGGGAUAUUAACUGGUCUGUUAUUAGUGUCAAACGGCGUAUUAUUACUUGAUUUAGAUUGUGAUGCAUGUCAAAGUCCAAGUAGAGCUUAUCUUCUAGAUGUCACUAGUCCAGAGCAACAUUCAUUCGGUUUAACAAUGUUUACAAUGAUGGCUGGAUUAGGUGGAAGUUUAGGUUAUUUUAUGGGAGGAAUUCCAUGGGAAAAAACAUUUUUGACUACAUUUCUCGGUGAUCAUGUUCAUGUCUUGUUUACAAUUGUUUGGGUAAUCUAUAUUAUAUGUAUGUUUGUAACACUGACAGCUAGUCCCGAACCCGAUGAUGUUUUACCAUGUUUACCAAUUUCAAGUUCACGUCAAUUUCUUGUAUCUUACGCAAGUGCAACAAGUCUUAGUUAUGAUGAUUUUUCUGCAACAGAUGUGUAUGACGAUUUUUAUAGAAGAAUAAAAAAACAAAAUUCAUCCGAAAUAAAUAAUGAUAUAAUAUCAACAAUUUCUGCUGAGAGAAUGAAAGUUUCUUAUACCGAUUAUUUAUGUUCAAUUAUUUAUAUGCCAUCAUCUUUGAGAUGGUUAUGUUUAACAAAUUUCUUUUGUUGGAUGGCAUUAGUAUCGUAUUCACUUUAUUUUACAGAUUUUGUAGGACAAGCAGUUUUUGGUGGAAAUCCAAAAGCUGAUCAACAUCAUCCUUCUAGAAUUUUAUACCAGGAUGGUGUACGAUGGGGAAGUUGGUCAAUGUCUGUUUACUCAAUAUCUUGUUCAUUAUAUUCAUUUAAUAUCCAAAAAUUAAGCAAUUAUUUUGGUAUAAAGCGUGUCUAUAUUGCAUCUCAAUUAAUUUAUUCAGUUGGAAUGAUUCUAAUGGGGAUAUUACGUCAUCGGGUGGCUGUUGUUAUUUUGUCUGGUGUAACAGGUGUACUUUAUGCAACAUUGUUCACAAUUCCUUAUUUAUUAAUAUCAAAAUAUCACAAUUCGGACGUGUUUGGAAAAUUGACUAAACAUUCAAACACCCAAGUACGAGGAAUUGGAACGGAUGUGGCCAUUAUUAGUUCAAUGGUCUUUUUAGCCCAAUUAUGUUUAUCAUCGACAAUGGGAACGCUGAUACAUUUAGCUGGAUCAACUAGGAUUGUUACUAUUGUUGCCGCUCUUCUAAGCACAUGCGGUGCGUUAUCAGCGACUCAAGUAUUAUAUUUAUAG